UUGUCUUUAUUAAAAUUAUGUCUCACGUGAUUGGGUGUGUUUUGCCAGAAAUAAGCCACCAAUGUUUACAGUUUCAGGUAGUGAUUUCUCAAAUAAGAUGAAAUUGAAUUAAAAUGACUAAUACAGCAUGAAAAAGUUUGUAUUGCUACUGCGCCAAUGUAACAUGCCUGAUAUCACGUUUUUCCAUCAUAUAUUCUGUGCAAUACAUUUUAAAAACUGAUUUUUUUCAUUCUCGUAUUACAAAACUUCUAGAUAAAUGCAAACCAUGACUGAUGACCAUAGUGUCAAUUUAAGUGAAGAUGAAGAUGAAAUUGAUAACAAUUUUGCACAGCCUGAAUUACACGGGACCCUUAAUAAGUGGACAAAUUAUAUUCAUGGUUGGCAAGAUCGUUAUAUUGUGUUGAAAGAUGGAACUUUAGCUUAUUAUAAAUCUGAAGAUGAUACAGCUUAUGGCUGCAGAGGUGCCAUAAGUAUAUUCAAAGCAAUUAUUAAACCUCAUGAGUUUGAUGAAUGUCGUUUUGAUGUUAGUGUCCAUGACUGUGUUUGGUAUUUAAGAGCUGAAACACCAGAGGAACGAAAUCGAUGGGUUGAAACAUUAGAAGCGUAUAAGGGUGAUUCUGCAUAUGGUAGUGAAAAUAGUCUUCGAAGACAUGGCUCGGCUGUAUCUGUUGGAUCCACGAGUCUUUCCAAUGCGAGUAUAUCUUCUUUCAAAAAGGCUCGUGGUUUAAGAGUAAAACUUGCUGAGAUGGAAACAUUCAAAGAUAUAUUGUGUCGUCAAGUGGAUACCUUACAAAGUUACUUUGAUGUCUGUGCAGAAAUGUUGACUUCUGAUGAAAAUCAUAAAGAUAAUGAUGUUCAUAUGGAUGAUAUUGAUGAUGAUUAUGAUGAAAAUAUUGCCCUAGGAAGUGAUCAAAAGAAUAGUGAUUCACCUACACAUCGUUUUAAAGGACAUCCACCUAUAAUUACCAAAGAAUUGCUAGUUCAACAUGGUAAGCAUGCUGUAGAUUUCAAAGGAGAGGCAAUUACUUUCAAAGCAACAACAAGUGGCAUUUUAAAUACGCUAUCUCAUUGCAUUGAACUUCUUUCACAAAGAGAAGAAAAUUGGAAAAGAAGAUUGGAAAAGGAAGGUGAAAAGCGGAGAAAAAUUGAAGAUGCAUAUAAACAAGCUCUUGCAGAAAUCAAAUCCAUGAGACCUAUUGUUGUUGGUGGUCCUGAUUAUGAGGAAGGUCCUCAUUCCAUGAUAAAUGAAGAUGAAUUUUUUGAUGCAGUUGACGCUGCUUUAGACAAAAGUGAGCAGAUAGAAGAAGAUAGGAGACUGGUAAGAAAUUACAGCAAAGACGAAAGUAAUGUUAUGUCUACACCAUCAGUAGUCUCUCCUGCCAGUCAACAUCCCUUGUGGCCACAUAUAAAUGCCAUCACUUUAGAGCAGCUGAAAUAUGCCAAAAUGGGUCUUGGUGAAGGAGGAUGGCAACUCUUUGCAGAGGAUGGAGAGAUGAGAAUGUAUCGUAGAGAAGUUGAAGAAAGUGGAAUUGUGUGUGAUCCACUGAAAGCAGUUCACACUGUUAAGGGCGUUACUGGUCAUGAGAUGUGUCAUUAUUUCUUUGCUCCUGAUUAUAGAUUUGAUUGGGAAACAACUGUAGAAAAUAUGAAAGUUGCAGAAGAAAUUGAUCCGAACACUCUAAUUUUCCAUCAAAUUCACAAAAGAGUAUGGCCAGCCACACAGCGAGAUGCUCUUUUCUGGUCCCAUAUGCGUCAAGUGCCCAAUGAUGAAGACAAAGAUGCCCAUGACAUAUGGAUAGUUUGCAAUAAUUCCUGUGAACAUGAAAGCUGUCCGGUUGGGAAAUGUGUACGUUUGGUUAUGACUGUGUGCCUCGUCUGUCAAACAUUUGUUGAUCCACCUGCUGCAAACAAAGAAAUCUCUAGGGAGAAUUUGACCUGCCGAAUCACAUACUGUUCUAGCAUUAACCCUGGAGGUUGGGCUCCAGCUUCUGUUUUGAGAGCUGUCUACAAGAGGGAGUAUCCCAAGUUCCUAAAGCGUUUCACCCAAUAUGUGAAAGACCAAACUGAAAAGAAACCUAUUAUGUUCUAAUAAAACUUAUUCAAAUUUUUCUGUGUGCCUGAACAUAAAAUAUUUAAAAGCAUUAAUUCCUUUUUUUUUUUUUCCUUUUUUUUUUCCUCUUCUAAGAAACUUACUACUGGAAGUUUCAUCCAUACCUUAAUACUUUAACCUUACUUAAACUAUUAUCUAUUGGUUGCGGAACUAUUUUAUUGUGAUCUCUUGUAAAUAGUUUGCACGGGUAAUAAGAAGAAAAAAGAGAGCUAUUUCAUCUGUUUGCAAUUUUUUAAUGUGUACAGGAGAAUUAAUUGGGGAAACUUGUUUUGCUACUCAGCCUAUGCAAGAAAUAUAUACAAUGGAGAAUUUAUUAUCUAGAAUUAACAACAAAAUAAAUUGCCUUUUUAGCAUUAUACUAAAAAGAUUUUUCUAACAAAAGUACAUAAUUUGGGUUCAUAUAUUGCUUUUGUGAAAUCUUUUCAGUUUAUUUGCACGUCUUCUAUUAUUAAAAAAUACAAAUAUAUCUCAGUUGAAGAACUUAUAUUCUUGUAUGUUUGUCUGACUUUUUGCUGCACUGAUUCAUUAAUAUUUAUUCGCCUCUGAAGGAUAAAAAUCACAUAUUGCUUUAGAUUCCUUGUAAUGGUAUUUGAUCGUUAUUAAAGUUUUGUAUUUUAUUAGGAAAAAAACUUUGUGACUUUUGAUGGUAAAAUACAACGAGUUAUAAUAUGCAAAUGAGUUAUACUAUGCAAAUGAGUUAUACUGUGCAAAUGAGUUGUACUAUACAAAAUAGUUGUUCUAUGCAAAUAAGUUAUGCUAUGCAAAUGACUUAUACUAUACCAAUGAGUUCAACUAUGCAAAUGAGUUGCAUUAUACAAAUGAGUUAAACUAUGCAAAUUAGUUAUACUAUGCAAAUGAAAAUACUGAACAAAGUCAUGGUUAAAGAAAAGAAUUGAGAAAAUUACUCAAUUAAUUUAUUAUUUUCACACUUCUUUGCUUUAACUAAGAUUUUGUUUAGCUUUGUUUAUAUUCUGUCCUAUUUAGGCUGGUUUUAAUAGAAAACUAUAUAUUUUGGUUAUCUGGUGCUAUCUUUAUCAAAUAUAUAUUUUCCAAGAUCAGUAGUAUCUUGUAAAGGACCAUCUAUUUAAAACUUAAAAAUUGCAAUAAGUUUUUAGCACUCCAAGUUUUGCCAAUAAAGACUUUUUUUAUACAUAUUACUCACCUAUUGCAUCAUUAAUUUUUGUGCAAUCAAUUAUGUGUAUUAAAACUACUGUAUUAUUAAAAUCCUUUUGCAAAUAAAACUAUACAUAUUUUCAAAAGCAGGUAUUCACAAAUGAUGUCACAGCUUGAGUGAGAGGAUUUUCAUGAAACUGUGAGAAGGGAAAGUUUGUUAAUAGUGUGACAAUGCACAUUUUUAAUUUUUUCAUCUUACGUUUAUUUUUUAAAGUUAAGGAACAUUGAUUUCACUGGGUCUUCUUAUUUUCAUUUGUAUUGAAAAGUAUCAAUGCUAAUUAAGGUUUAUAUUAGAUCCUAAUUUAGAAUUUAGUUUAGUAAUAAAAUUAAGGAUGUGAUGUCGGAAAAAGUGUGGCAUCAUUUAUGAACCAUAUGUAAUUUGUGAAAGAUUAAAUUAAAACAUUUUUUCUUGCAGUUGACUGUUACGGUGUGCAAUAUAGCAAUAACGCAUGCCUAUAAACAAUUGAUUAUAUCAAUCGUUUCUGUGUUUUUCUUUUUGAUCCUAACCAUAUCUAUUUGUUUCAACAGCAAGAAGAAGAAAAAUUUUAAUCUUAUAGCACCAGAUUCAAUCCAAAUAAUAAUUGUUACAAAUAUACUGUAUUGAUUUUAGAUGUCUGUAAAACAGAUUUAAUGCUGUAUAUAGUUCACUAGUGAGAUUUGCAGUGUACUCUCAAUUUUCUAAUGGCUGGUAAAGAUAAUUUGAUUGUAAUGGUUGAUGUACAGGCUGUUCCAUUAUUUAAAGUUUACCUGCUGAAUCAUUUUCAAUCCAGAGGGCUCUUUAUUUAGAAAAUGACUGACUCAUUUACACUAAUUAACAGGUUGGAUUUCAACAAAUCUUAUGAAGUUGAGUGUUACAACAAAAAAAAAAGAUGAAUCUUUUCUUGCAGGGGUAUUUAAAUUUCUGCGUUUUACUUUAUUGCUAAUUGUUUCAAUGUUUUCUUAUUGAAAACUCCGUUUUUUUUAUUUUGUCUGAACAACAAAAUAUGUAUAUUUCUCAUUACAUAAGUUGACUUUGACACUGCACAACUAUUGACUGAGUGCCUCAAAUAGCUUCAACUACUGUUUGCAAGGAGGACCUUUUUCACUUUAUGGAAGUAGCCUUACUUUUGUGAUAAAUUAUACAAUAUAGUCAGGUUACUGAUAUCGUUCAGCCUUUAUUUUACAGUUAUACAGUUUGUAUGUAAAGGAAAUGGUUAAGAAUAUUUUAAAAUUAUAGUAUCCAUAACAUUGUGUUCAUUUUCAUUUUUUUAUAGUGAAAAUGGUUUCAAACUGUUAUUAAAUGCAGACAGUUUGUGCUAUGUUGUGAAAAUAUUUGUUGAUUUUUUUUCAUGCUAAUUAAUAAAAAAAAUUAAAAAAUCAUUAGUACUGUAGUAAAAGAACUCAUUAUUUUCUUAUAUUUGUUUAAUCAUAGUAUAUUUUUUAAUUAAAGCAUGAUUACUUUACACUCAGGUAAUUGAGAGUAUACUGUAUAGUGCACUUAUAGAGUAAUAACUUUUUGAAUAAAGAAAAACUAAUAUUUGAGUUGUGUUUGUGUAGAGCUGGGGGGAAAAUAAGAUGUUGUAACUGCGACGAUUUUGACAGUAUAUAUUUAUAAAUAAAAACUAUGUAUAAAUUGUAAAUAUGCAAUGUUGUAACCUAAUUGUUUUGUAUGCAUUUGCUUAUUUCAAUAUUCUUUUUAAUUCCUCUUCAAAUAAACCUUUAAUUCUUAUCUUAGCAAAGAAGUUUCAACAAUAUAGUAUUUUAAAUAAAAAGAUAAUAAUUUUUAAGUAUUUUAACACACAGUUAUUGUUAAAUUUCGUACUUGUACACAUUACGAAAAUCUUUUUCCUUUUCUUUUUAUUCUCUUUCUUUUUCACUUGAUCGUAUUUGUGAAAGUAUGUAUCUGUACUUACUGUGUUAUACUUGUAAGUACUGUUUAACUCUUUAACUGUCUGUCAUGAACUGUGUUGGGAAUUGCUACCUCGUGCAGUUAACUGGUUUUACUGGUGCAGUUAACUGGUUUUCAAAGAGGAAACAAUGCGUUUUGUAUAAGUUUUCAAAAAAACCAGGACAGUUAAAGGGUAGUAUUGGUGAAGCCGCCCUUAAAAGCAAAGUACUAUUUUAAUGUUUUAAUAAUAGAAAAAUUUUAUUCAUAAAACUCCAUGUUUUUAUAUGUAUUUUUAUAUGCUAGUUACAGUCAUAAAGCAGCGAAUCCUCAUAAACUUGAGAGUCAGCAAUCUUUCUUAAUUAGCAAUUAUACUAUACUUAAAAUGAGUUGUUAUGGUUAACUAUUAAAUAUCUGAUAACUUUUAUUGUAAUAAGUAAAAACUUACACAUUUAAAAACAUCAUUGAUUAACUAAACACGGAGAGAUGAAUACUUCUCAUGUUUUCAUAGCUGGAGUUUACUAUUGUAUAUCAACAACCGUAGACCAGCAUUUUAAACUAAAGUUAUGCAAUUUGCUUAAAAUAAAUCAAUUGUGAGUCUGGUAUAGGCUAUUACCAUAGAUAUGCAGUUAUCUAUGGUGACUAUUUGCAGUCAAUAUUUAUAAAAUGCAGUAUGUUAAUGAUUUCAGAUUUGUAAUUUAUUUUAUUGAAAGUAUUAACUAGAACAAAAUGUUUCGGAAUGGAAAUGUGUGUUCUGAAUUUUUCCUUAUUUAAAGUUCAAUUUAAGCUACUAUUUGUAAGAAGUUGAAACUAUCAUAAAAGUAUUUUUACAUUUUCAGGAUUGUGUUAUCAUUUUUUUAAAUUUUGGUUUAAUAUGCUUGUGUUUAUAUUUUAUUUGUAAGCUGUUGAAAGUUUUGAAAAAUAUUCAAAAUCAAAGUAUUCUGAAAGUUUUUGACUGAAACAUUUUGCAUUCUUUUUGUAAGUUUUAUUUAUUUUUCAAUUUCUUUACUGUUCAUUUUUUUUUUCAAUUAUUAGCUGCUACUAAUAUGCUAUUUUAAAAUUUUAUACUGCUGGUCAUUGCUCCAGAAUUCAGUAUCCUUUAUAAAGAAAUUGCUUUCUGGUGAAUUUGGGACUGGGGAAAUGUUUUGGGGACUUAAAAUAAAUGGACUUUUUAAUGUUAUGGUAGUAACUUUGAGCUUUCUUUUUAAAAUUUGUAAAAUUUUGUAAAUCUGUACAGUUGUGUUUUGCAGUAAUACCAAUACUCAUUUUAAUUUUUUUUCCUUGUUUAUAAGUUAUGUAUAUUUGUUUUAUAUUUGUAUAUCAAAGUAAAACUCUUAUUUUUUUACUUUAUUUUUAUUGAAAUCUGAUAUAUUUAUUACUUUUAUGAAAUAUUGAUGGUAGUCUACCAAAUAAAGAAAGAAUCUGUAAUGUAAUAUAUUUCAAAAAGUUUUCAGUUACUUUAUGUAAUUUCUGUUUUGAGAAAGAUGUUGUCUAGAGGAGGUUUUAUAAUCACUCUUAAUAUAUAUUUUUAUAACCCUUGUCUAAAAAUAAAUAUGCACAUUUGGAGUCUUGAAUUAGUGCUUAAGGAGAGCAAAAAAACUUUGAUGAAAAAAUACCCUAAUCAAAUCUGUCAGAAGCGAAAAAUUAAGAAAAUAGUCAUUUACCUGUUCUCCUUACAUUAAUUUUUCAUCUGAUAGUUUUGCUUGUUCUGAUUCUGAUUAUACUCUUGGAAAUAGAAUAGACAUCUCAAGGUUACGCAAUUUCCCUAUUCUCUACACUUUUCCCCUCUCCAUUUUCAUGGUUUCUGCAAAUCUUGUUUUGUUUUUUCCAUGGCAAUACAAUUUAGUAAGAAGUUGGAAUGUACUUCAAUAGAAAAAGCUCAAGAUUUGCCAAAACCAUGGAAACAGAAAGGAGAUAGUGGGGAAAUCAUGUAAUCUUGAAACACCUAAAGUGAAGAUAAGAUCUGAAGGACAAGCAAAAUGGUUUUGUUUGUUCUUCAUUAUGUUCAUCUUUCCUUCAUUUUGAUUGACCUCAAUACUGAAAUGUUCAAAUUUUUUUUCAAUUAAAUAUUAAUUUGCAACCCUUAUUAUGCAAAUAUAAAUUCAAGGUGGUGAUAACAAAGCAUCCUAUAAUUGCCACUAAGCUGAGAAUUAGUCAAAAUUUUUAAAAAAUGGUUUGUUAAGUAUACGUUAUGUUUUAUUCAUCAUAAUCAUAAAACCUUGUCAUUUCUUUUUGUAGAAAUUAUAUAAUUUUGAGAAGAAAAAAAUAAUAACAAUAAUUUUGCAAUGUGGAAACAAUAAACUGUUUUUGAUAUCUGUUUUCACAGAAAUGCUUUACUGCAAAAUACUAUGUGUUUGAGAGAAGGCUAUGACUUUGUUGCCACAGAAUAAAUAGUUGAAUACUGUUA